AUGAACACUGUCUUCAGUGCCAACAGGGGCUAUUUUUUGUGUCCUGAUGCGGAAGAGGCGUUUGACACCGGUCCAGUGUAUACAAACGGCUUUGACCAGCUGGAGCCUGCUGACGGUGAGCUGAUUAAUGAAAUUCCCGAGCGCGAGAAGCAUGCCAAAGAAAGUGCUCGUGCACGCAAGAAACGGGAAAAGCAGCAGCAUAAACAGCGUCGACAGCGCAAGAGCCCGCGGUCCGAGUGGUCACUCGUGCAGGAGCUGUGCUCUGGUGACGAGAAGGUGCUCAAAUUCCACGAGAUCACCGUCUAUCGCGAGGAUAUUCUGAAUCUUCGAGACGACGAGUGGCUUAACGACAACAACCUGGCCUUCAUCUACGAGUAUAUUACUCGUGUGCACAUCGAACCGACGCUGAGACGUCGAAUCCGCUUUUCCAACAAGCAAAUGAUAGAAACGAGCAUAAUAUUACUGAUGCCUACAUUUACGUUUUUGCUGGCCCAUCAUCCGGAGCCAACCCAGCUCAAGGGUGUUCUUCCGCCGAUCGAGAAGGCGAAAUUUGUGUUCAUGCCUCUGAACGACAACGAGGACCUUGGGGUGGCCGAGGGCGGGUACCAUUGGUCCCUGGUGGUGCUCAGUGUCGAGGACCGGCUGGCUAUGGUUUACGACUCGAUGGAGUCUGCCAACGAGCAGGAGACAAGGCAGCUGGUGAGCAAGAUUGAGCAAUACUAUGGGGCCAAGUUCAGAAUUGCAGUCGACGCGCACCCGCCGCAGCAGAGCAACGGGUCGGACUGCGGUAUCAGCGUGGCUGGGUUCACGGCGAUUUUGGUAGCACGGUUGCUCAACGCAGAGGAAAAGCACAAAAUUAAUAUGAGCAUGGAGAACGUGCGCUUCAGCGCUCUGGACGCUCGCCUGUUUGUUCUGAAAUGCAUCAAACGGCUAAGAGACGAGGCUGACAUUGACUGA